AUGGGGUCAACCGGCUCGCCGGCGCCCACGCGCCCGCCCAUCUCCUCUGUCCUGCCUCCCUUGAUACUCGGCACUGCAACAUUCAACACCCAAUAUGUCGAUGACCCUGCACAGAUGCCAUACAAAUCCAUUGUAUCCCGCGCUCUGGAGCUAGGCAUUAACGCAUUCGACACUUCGCCUUACUACGGCCCAUCGGAGAUUCUUCUGGGCGAUGCUCUCCACCAUGCCACUCUCCCCAACAGCGCCAACACCAAGAUUCUCGACUCAGACACCCAAAAACACCCCCGCGACAGCUACAUGAUCCUGACAAAGGCUGGCCGAAUAUCAGGUAACAGCUUCGACUACAGCCCCCCGUGGAUCCGCUACAGCGUCCUGCGCAGCUUGAAGAGGCUGCACACACCGUACCUGGACCUGGUCUACUGCCACGACGUCGAGUUUGUCUCCCCGGCCGAGGUCCUCGCAGCCGUCAAGGAGCUCCGGCGCCUCCGCGAUGAGGAUGGCGUCAUCCGCUACGUCGGCAUCAGCGGCUACCCCGUCGACGUGCUCUGCGACCUGGCCGAGAUGAUCUACCGCGAGACGGGCGAGGGCGUCGACGCCGUCAUGAGCUACUGCCACUGCUCCGUCCAGAACCACCGCCUGGUGGAGGGCUUCUUGGAGGACGAGGACGACGAGGGCCAGCCCGCCACGAACGGUGACGCGGGCCACAGCAACCUCCCGCCGCUCGUGCGGCUCAAGAACGCAGGCGUAUCCACCGUUCUCAACGCCUCCAUGCUCGGGAUGGGCCUCCUGACCACGCGCGGCGUGGACCACGGCCCGCAGUCCGCCUGGCAUCCUUCGCCGCCGCCGCUGCGCAAGGCCUGUGCCGACAUGGCGGUCCGCGCCACCGCCGAGGGCGAGAGGCUGGAGCGGCUGUCGAUCCGCUGGAGCUUGGACACGUGGGCGAGGGCCGGGGCGCGGUCCGGGCUGGGCGUCAGCCUCAAGGGCAAGGGGAAGCACGAGAGCCUCAGCGACAGCAACAGCAUCGGCGGCAGCGUCAUGGGCAUCACCACUCUCGCGGAGCUCGAGGAGACGUGGAGCGUGUGGCUGUCGGUACUGGCCGAGAGCGUGCCGGACGUGAAGCUCGGCGGGAGCGGUGGCGAGGAGGACGACGUCGCGCGGGAGGCGUCGCAAGACGUCGUGGUCGUCAACGGCGACAGGGACCUGCAGACCGCAUCGUUGAAGCGGUGCGACCAGGUGCGCGGCCUGGUCAGGGACGAUCUGUGGCCGCUGCUGGGCGAGUGGCGGAACCACAGCUGGCCCUCGGGCCUGGAGGAGGAGGGAUUCCGGAACGAGAGGAGGCCCGAGGACCUCGGGAAGGUGCCUCUGGACGAUGGAAUUAUCGCCGAUUACGAGGCGAGGAGAUAG